GCACCGAAAGCCCGAAUAGUGACCGUUUCGGCCGCUCUUCACAUUUACGGCAAAAUACAUUUCGAGAACAUAAACCUACGGAACGGCGCCUACACUCCACUCCUCGGUUACACUCAAAGCAAAUUGGCUAACAUUUUGUUCACUCAAGAACUCGCCCGAAGACUCGGAUCUAAUAGCACUGUCACCGCCUAUAGUCUACACCCGGGGGUCAUAAUGACUGAAUUGCAGCGCAAUUUGUCAAAUAUUUUGCGAUACUUUCUCAGCUAUUUUGUGGUCUCCACCGAAAUGGGAGUCCAAACCACUCUGUAUUGCGCCCUCGAAGAUAACAUUGAAAAUGAAUCAGGUGACUGUCGACGUGUGAGUCGAUUGAUAUCACAGGCAAAUGAUGUCGAAUCGGCCAAAAAACUGUGGCAAUUGAGCUGUGAUUUAGUCAAACUCGAAGAUAAUCUCAGAAUUGAUUAA